CAACGGUCAUCGUACGAUCACAGCAUUGGCUUGAAAAUCCCCAAUGCCAAUCACCGACACCUCUGAAAUUUGACAGAUUUAUCUCACAUCAUGAAACUUACCGCGCCUUUCAACUUAAAUCCCCUGUCGAAGUUCCAUGUCCCGUUGCCGCGAACUCCCCGCCAGUCCCAGCAGCUCCUGAAUGCCCUUACGUCCUCCUUCCGUCGUGAACUUGAUCGUGCCCACCCUCCCACCGCAUUGUCUUCGGACGAGGGUUCUGGCACUAAUAAUGCUUACAGCGGAGACCAUCUGAACGAAGAGCAUGCUCACUCGGCCGCUCAUGCUACCGACAAACAUAUCCGCGCGCUUCUCGAUAACCCCCUCUUCCGUGUAUCGCCCUCUAGAAACAGUGUCCGGUCUGGACCCCAGUCAAGUACGGAUGGAUCAAGGAUUCAGAAAGAGCCUAUGGCCAUUUUUGACGAGCUUGUCGCCUCUGGCUCUGCUACUGUGGGCUCUGUCUCUGAUUGUCUCAAUUGGCAGUUGUUAUUAGCCAGCCGUCAGAGCGGCGAGCGCUUCGUAAAGGAGCUCAGGGACUCUCGAGCAGGCUCCAGGACUUUCUCUUGGUGGUCUUCUUCAGAUCCGUCGACGAGAGUCUCAUUCCUGAAGAAUAACAGAGCGGUGCGUAGCACAUGCAAGUUCAUGGCGGCGGAGGGGUUACGGGACUCAAUCCUGGCUUGGCUGAGAGUUUUGAGGAAUCGUGAUUUUGGUGACUUGGAAGUAGAAGAGGAUUUGGCAGAGAAAUCUUUCAAGUAUAUUCUGGGGAAUUAUCUGAAUGGAGAGAUUGAAUGCGGCGGUGGGCUAGUUUCUGCCCUACGCUUCUACGUGGAUGCUUGCAAAAUACUCAUGUCAACUGCCGAUGAAACACCGACAUUGCCUCUCAAAAAGUCUCUCGGUGCGCCGGCGGGUUAUCUUCUCAGCAUGAUUGAGAUGAACUCGCGUCGAAACCCGAGCGACUCUAUACCGGCCGAUGUAUACGAUAAAUAUGCGAACAUGGUAUCUGCGUUGGCGCUCGAUAUCGAGAUCCUCUGCAUCACACUUCACAGGCCAGUCGCACCAAAUGCCAGAAGGAUGGACUCUCUUGGCAAGCUGACGUUGGAACGAGCGCCGAGAUUGGAAGGUGACCAUGCUUACCCGAAGCUGUGUUUCGGAGCUUUUAGCGCGCAUUGUUUACCUUGUUUGCGGACGUGCUCUCCUAGAGGUCGAGAGGGGGACAGGGGGACAGCCGAAAUUACCAUUACUCCGCAGACGCUCCUGAUAAACGUCACCGCGCAACCACACCACUUCCCGCCCACUUCAACUUCAUCAUCAGCUAUAAUUCGCACGUCAAACCGCUUCCAGCGUCUCGCGAGCUUCGCAAAGUUGCAGACCAAUCUAGCAUCUUCUGGUAACCACUUUUCCCACAACGCCUUUAGUCGACUCAUUAUUACCAUGUCAUCUACUCCUUCAAUUGCCGCUCUUGUGUCAGAUUCUGCGGGCUCACCGUCUGUUAACGGCGCUCCACAGCAGAACGGCAGUAGCCAUCUUUCUAAGCCGAUGGAGGCUUCUGCUUUGACCGAAACAAACGAUGAGAACUUGUCAGAGAUUCGUACUCCAGCCAAUGACAGAUCCAGUGUAUCUAUAUCGGAAAGCAAACGAGAACAGGCCAAGGCAGGGGAGAAGCGAGAGCUCGAAACACCAUCCAUCACGAAUUCAGGCGGAGUGGAAUCGACAGAGCCUGACUACAAGAAACCUAGAACGAAUGAGGAUGCAGUCGCUGCUGAUAGCACAUCCCCCAAUUCGCGAACUGAAAAAGCCGAUCCUGGUCAGGCUGCACCGCAGCAGAAGAAGAAAGGGGGUCGGCCCAGGAAGACCAAGGACACGGUCAAAAAAGGUAUCCCUACCGAUGGCAUCGGUAGUAGGACGCGUAGCCGCACCAAAGUCGUUUCGUGAGAUUCUUUCAUUAACUCCCAACGGUGUGCAGUGGUGACUACUUGGAAUGUUCUGGCCUUCAAGCUUAUGAGAUUCAUGUAAUGAGCAUUGUCAUCAACAAUACUCCUAAAAUUGGCCGUUGACUGGGCCAACUUAAAGUUUUAUGGGCA